GCCGUCCGGUGACUCCCCAAAUCACCAUGUUUUGGCGUCACCUUUAAGCGAACUGACGAUCUCAUCCUUCCCAAUCUCAUCCUUCCGCCCCAGGUAGCGCUAGCGCUAACGCCAACGCCAACGCCAACAUGCUAGACAGUAGUUCCUAUUUUACUCAUCACUCCCCGACCUGACCGCCUGCUCUGUAGAACGAGUCGUUCGUUACUGAUCACUUUUCGGACGCACUCGCUCUCUCUUUCAAGAUUUCUCCAUCUUCUUCUCGAGCUUCAGAAAUGUCGACGGUUUGGCGGAGAGGGAUACACUAUUUGGAGAGGCUGAAAGCGGCCAAUAUUCCCAACGAGCUGAUCGAGAAUGGCCAGAACCGAGUGAUAGACGCUUCCCUCACUCUAAUCCGCGAGAGAGCAAAGCUCAAGGCAGAGCUUCUGCGUGCUUUGGGAGGUGUCGUGGCAUCUGCUUCUCUGCUUGGAGUGCCACUGGGACAUAACUCUUCAUUCCUUCAGGGCCCAGCUUUUGCUCCUCCUCGAAUUAGGGAGGCCAUAUGGUGUGAUAGCACCAAUUCAACUACAGAAGAAGGGAAAGAAUUGCACGAUCCACGGGUUCUGACUGAUGUUGGUGAUGUCCCUGUGCAAGAGAUCAGAGAUUGUGGUGUGAAUGACGACAGGUUAAUGAAUGUCAUCAGCGACUCUGUCAAGCUUGUGAUGGAAGAGGCACCAUUACGGCCAUUGGUUUUGGGUGGCGAUCAUUCAAUAUCGUUUCCAGUAGUGAGAGCUGUUUCUGAGAAACUUGGAGGGCCAGUAGAUAUCCUUCAUCUUGAUGCUCACCCGGAUAUCUAUCAUUCAUUUGAAGGAAAUAAAUACUCUCAUGCGUCUUCAUUUGCCCGGAUUAUGGAAGGGGGUUAUGCUCGCCGACUUCUCCAAGUGGGCAUAAGAUCAAUUACGAAGGAAGGUCGCGAACAAGGCAAAAGGUUCGGAGUAGAACAGUACGAAAUGCGAACUUUCUCUAGAGAUAGAGAGUUCCUCGAAAAUCUGAAACUGGGGGAAGGGGUGAAAGGCGUGUACAUCUCAAUAGACGUGGACUGUCUGGACCCUGCCUUUGCUCCUGGUGUUUCUCACAUAGAGCCAGGCGGUCUCACUUUCCGCGACGUUCUCAACAUCCUCCACAACCUUCAAGCCGAUGUCGUGGCUGCAGAUGUAGUGGAAUUCAAUCCACAGAGAGACACAGUUGAUGGAAUGACCGGCAUGGUUGCUGCUAAGCUGGUCAGAGAAUUGGCUGCAAAAAUUUCCAAGUGAUAGAAAACCUCUCGACCGGGCUGGCUACUAGGACAAGAUAUUCUGUCUUAAACUUUAAGAUUUAACAGACUUGAUUCAAGGAGUGAUUUUUGGUGUCAGCCUUGCUGCUGAAGAAGCACCGCGGUAAGACUAUAAGAGUUGUAACUUGUACGUGUUUCAUGCCAUGAACAUUGUUGUUUGUCCCCCAAUGGCGUGGAAGAUCAACUUUGAGUAAACAUUCUGGUAGCUCAGAGUAUCAAGAAGCUGAAUAAAGUUUAAAAUAUCUAUUGGCACUGAUGUUUAGGUACUUGAUUUUGCUAUUUUCUUAUCACUAGCGCAGAACCCGGCCUAAUGGCCGGAUGAGGUUAAUACGAUGUAUUUGUUAUUGGUAUAAGUUUGAUACAGGAUGACCUAAAGUGAC